UCAGAGAAAUUUAAUAAUAAUUUAAAAAAACGCUAUCACUCGAUAUUAACGAGACAAAUGUAACAACAGAUUUUGUUUUAAGUUCGUUCAACAUCGAAGUACAAGAAUAAUGAAAAAAGGAAUCCUUCAAAGAAUAUCAAAAAAUUGGGAGGAGACAAAAAUGGCUCCUCCAUUGGAAGUGAAACGUGAACCAAUGGCUGAUUAUCUCCCCCCGUUACUUCCUAUAGAUUUCUCAUCAAUCCAAGAAUCGCCAAUAAUUCCUAAAUCUUCAAAAUUUAUUCGUAAUCACAGAAACAGCAUGAUUUCUGUAAGGAAAGAUUAUUCAUAUAAAUAUAACGAAUCAACAUUGUUGGCAGCUGUUAAACAUGAUACUAGCAAAAGUUCGAUUAUAUCUCCAGCAACAACUGCUGGAAUAAAAAAAUUUAACAAGAAAGAACCGAAUUUGAGAAUUUUUAAAUCAAAAGCUAAUGAUUCUAAUAAUAAAUCAGAAAAGCGCUUGAUUAGCAUUCUCGAAAGACAUAACUAUGAUAAAUCAAAGUUACUUGGAUCUAAACGUAUAAAACUUGAAGAUGAUUUGCCAUCGUUACAACCUGAAUCCUCAACCAGUGCCAUUUUAGAUACGAAUUUGUACUCACAACAACCGCAAAUAUCGAAACAGGAGGAAUGCUCAGAAGAAAACAAUGAUAAGCAAAUGAAAACGCAAAAAGAAACAACAGAUUGCGAUAAUGUUGAGGUCAUUGUAGCUCAAAAGGUUGAAAGUCAUCUUGUUAAGCAAGAACCUAGUUUACAUUCGCUCAAAUCACCAACAGAGAUUAACAAUAAAAUCAACAUAAUAUUUCGACUCAAUGACAAUACGAAAAGUCUUAGAAAAAAUAUUAUUUUGCAUAGAAGAGCACCGAAGAAAAUGCUUCAGAAAAUAACAAUUAAAGAAACGAAUAACAACACGAAAAUUCAAGCUGUUGAUGCAACAUUUGUUCCUGAGAAGCUUCUUUGUUCAGUUGAGACGCAAACGGAUAAUGUUAAGCAAAUAGAUGUUAAUCUCACGACUACAAAUCCUUUAAAUGUUGAACAAACUGAACAUUUAUUUUUUGACGAUGAUAUUUUAAUUAGUCUCCAACACAACACAAUCGCUUUCUUUGAAUAUAAUCGACUUGGUUCAUUACUCAAGAAAGGGGAGACUGAAUUUAAACUCAUUGAUCGAAUUCCUCGACGACUUCAUGAUACGCUUAUUGAUUCCGAGAAUAAAUUCCAAAGGUUGUGCUAUAAUGAUAAAAAUUCACUGCCGAUUUAUGUUGAGAUGCGAGCUAAAAAGAAGGAAUUAGAUAAUCCCGAAAUGUGUCCAAUAGCUUUCCUUUAUUGUAAUGUUUACUACAUCGAUGAACAAUCGUCACGUGCAAAGUUUUCAUCAGUUCAUCUUGACACUGUGAAGAGUGUUGUUAAUGACAUUAUUUACACGACUGUCCCAGAUAGCAGCUAUUUUAUUAUGGGUUGGAAUCAAAGAUCGUUAGAUAUGAAAUCACUUGUUACAGGAAUUGUGAAGUACAAAUUGACGCCAAAUCUUGAUUUAGCUAAAUUAGCAAGCAUUCGGCAAUUUCCACUUUUGAAUUAUAAAACUAAACAAAUGAGCUGUGGAAGAGAUUCACAACUUGUGACAUUUGGUGAAUCUCAAGUGUCAGUAUUUAAUUAUGAAAACGGAGAUUUAUUAAUGUCAUUGGAUUUAAUGAAAAGUUAUGGAAUAAAUUUAACAACAUUCAAAUUUAAAGAGAAUUAUUUGUUCAUGGUUUAUUUAGCUGAUGAUGAAACAAAUUCAAGUGCAACAUCGAGAAAACGUGUGAUUGUAAUUGGUGUAAAUAAGUUUGAUGGAAACACAUUUAAAGUCAUUCAAUCUUCUGCCAUAAAUGUUCAUAAACAUGAAAAGAUUGUCAGUAAAACAAUCACUUCAACUAACCAUUUGAUUGUGACAUUUAGCAAUGGAACUGUUUAUAUGAUGCAUCUCAACAACUUCAAUGAUGUUCACAUUCAUCGAUCUCCUUUGAAUGAGUCAAUUUUUGCGUCAAAUGAUCAACUUUUAAUUUUUACAACCUACAACUAUCCUUACAGUAAAAAUAUGGAGUCAAGAUCAUCAAGACGUCGAUCCAGAUCGGAAUCACCUGAAUAUUAUAGAAAGAAAUCCAAAAAAUCUGACCGUGAAAGAAACAAAAGUAAAGAACGUGAUAAGAAAAAGAAAAGCCGAAACAAAUCUCGCAGUAGAAGUAAGGAGAGACGUGACGAUAAAGAUUCGAGAAGAAAAAAUGGAAAUGGUAAAGACAAGAAGAAAUCUCGUGAAAGAUCUCGAUCACGUGAUAAAAAUAAUCGCGAAAAAUCUCGAGAUCGAGAACGUGACAUUAAAGUGGAACGCCAACAACCAAAGGAAAUUAUAAAAGAACCAAAAGAAGUUAUUGAAAUCAAAGACGAAUCUUUUGAUCCAGCGAAAUUCGAUAAAGAAGAAGAACAACGGCGAUUAGAGCUUGAAAUGAUUAAAAGAAAAGAACGAAUUGAACGAUGGAGAGCAGAACGUAAACAGAAAUUAACAGAGAUUCAAAAGAAACCUUCAGUGGCAACAACACCAUCAGCUAAAAAAUGGAGCUUAGAAGAUGAUGAAGAAGAUGAUGUCGAACCAGUGACUGAUCCAAAAGUUAUAGAAAUUGAAGAUAGCCCAACACAUACGAAACCUGUUGAUUCUAUUUUGGAUGAUUCAAAAGAGAAAGAUGUCGAGAUAAUUGAAGUCAAUCAAGAAUUUUCUACGACUACUCAAGAAAAAUUAGAACCAGAAACACCAAUGGAAAUUAUUGAAGAUGACAAAACUCUCCCAGCUGAAGAGAAAGGGGAAGAAGAAGAAGAAGAUGAAGACAUCGAUCCAUUGGAUGCUUUCAUGAAAGGAAUCGACAAUGAAGUGAGAAAAAUAAAUAAAAUGUCGAAGCCAAUAACAUCGUCAAAAUCUUCUGGCGUUGUUAUCGUAACUGGUAAUGUGAAAAACAAACCAAUUAGUCAGGAAACGAAGAAAGGUGAAUUAAUUGAACAGAAUCAAGAUGGUUUAGAAUAUUCAUCUGAAGAAGAGCAAGAAGACAUUAAAGACACAGCAGCAAAUUUGGCAAAUAAACAGAAGAAAGAAUUGGCCAAAGUCGAUCAUUCUUCAAUGAAUUAUGGAACAUUUAAGAAGAAUUUCUAUGUUGAAGUUCCAGAAAUUACAAGAAUGACGAAUGAAGAAGUUGACGCUUAUCGAGUUGAGUUGGAAGGAAUUCAAGUGAAAGGUAAAGGUUGCCCACGACCAAUCAGAACAUGGGCACAAUGUGGUGUAUCGAAGAAGGAAAUGGAUUCGUUGAAGAAACUUAGUUUCGAGAAGCCAACACCAAUUCAAUGUCAAGCUAUUCCAGCUAUAAUGAGUGGACGUGAUUUGAUUGGAAUCGCCAAGACUGGUAGCGGUAAAACAAUUGCUUUCAUACUUCCAAUGUUUCGACACAUACUCGAUCAACCGCCACUUGAUGAUGGUGAAGGUCCAAUAGGGAUUAUAAUGACUCCAACUCGAGAACUUUGUAUGCAGAUUGGAAAAGAUAUUAGAAAAUUCUCAAAGUCACUUGGCUUAAGAGCCGUUUGUGUUUAUGGUGGAACCGGAAUUAGUGAACAGAUUGCAGAACUGAAACGUGGAGCAGAAAUUAUUGUUUGCACGCCUGGAAGAAUGAUUGACAUGCUAGCAGCAAAUUCAGGACGUGUAACGAAUUUAAGACGUGUGACUUACGUUGUGCUUGAUGAAGCUGAUCGCAUGUUCGAUAUGGGAUUUGAACCGCAAGUCUUAAGAAUCAUUGACAACGUGAGACCUGAUCGACAAACUGUCAUGUUUUCAGCAACAUUUCCACGACAAAUGGAAGCUUUAGCAAGACGAUUUUUAAAGAAGCCAAUUGAGAUUCAAGUUGGUGGACGAUCGGUUGUGUGCAAGGAAGUUGAACAACAUGUUGCUGUGUUGGAAGAUGAAGCGAAAUUCUUUAAGCUUUUGGAACUUUUGGGACAUUAUCAAGAACAUGGCUCAAUUAUUGUGUUUGUUGAUAAACAAGAGAAUGCUGACACAUUACUUAAAGAGUUGAUGAAAGCUUCUUAUCCAUGUAUGUCACUUCAUGGUGGAAUCGAUCAAUAUGAUCGCGAUUCAACCAUUUUAGAUUUCAAAUCAGGUCGAUGCAAGCUUCUCAUAGCAACAUCAGUUGCAGCCCGUGGCUUGGAUGUAAAGCAAUUGAUUUUGGUUGUAAAUUAUGAUUGUCCGAAUCAUUAUGAAGAUUAUGUGCAUCGUUGUGGAAGAACUGGACGUGCAGGAAAACAAGGAUUUGCUUGGACAUUUCUCACACCUGAUCAGGGUCGAUAUUCUGGUGAAAUUACUCGUGCUAUGGAACUUUCAGGAGCUCAAGUUCCACAAGAUUUAACAAAUCUCUUUGAAACAUAUAAAGCAGGUCAAGAAGCGAUUGGAAAGAAAGUUCAUACUGGCGGUGGAUUCAGUGGAAAAGGUUUUAAGUUUAACGAAGAAGAAGCUGCACUUGUCAAUGAGAAAAAGAAAAUACAAAAAGCUGCGCUUGGUCUUGCUGAUUCAGAUGACGAAGAUGAUUUAGAAAAUGAUAUUGAUCAGACUAUUGAAAAUAUGUUUGCAACAAAACGAACAGUGAAAGAAGUUGAAGUUCCAGUCAUUCCAACAAUUGUUCCAAUUAAUGUGCAGCCAACAAUUGCAUCAACAGAUAAACUUGAACUUGCGAAGCGUCUUGCAUCGAGAAUCAAUAUAGCGAAAAAUCUUGGGAUUGAAGCUAAAGGAGCAACACAACAAGCAGCUGAAGCAAUUCUUAAAGGUGCCAACACUCAUCAAUUGAUUACGGCUCGAACAGUUGCUGAACAACUUGCUGCAAAACUAAACAACAAACUUAAUUAUCAACCUAAAGAUGAGGAUGAAAUUUUGGGAGAACAAACUGAGGGACUAUUCAAAAAAUACGAAGAAGAACUUGAAAUUAACGAUUUUCCUCAACAAGCACGUUGGAAGGUGACAUCAAAGGAAGCUCUUGCACAAAUAUCAGAAUAUUCAGAAGCUGGCCUUACAGUUCGUGGAACAUUUGUGCCUCCAGGAAAACCUGUUCCCGAAGGAGAACGGAAAUUGUAUCUUGCUAUUGAAAGUUGCAGCGAGUUGGCAGUAUCGAAAGCGAAACGAGAAAUCACAAGAUUGAUAAAGGAAGAACUUCUUAAGAUUAAGAAUGUGUCACAUCACUUGAUUAAUAAGGCUCGUUAUAAGGUUCUUUAAAGUGUAAAUGUAGAUAUAUAAUGAGUAAUAAUAAAUAUACUUGGAACUUCUUCUUCUAAGUAAGAAAGUA